AUGUCCGUCAAUCCUGCAGCCGAAGCUCUGGGCGCACUGGGCUCUCUAGACCUAUCAGGCGCGGGAGGCGCAGGCGACUCCUCGGGUGCGCGUGCCGGCGGCGCAGGCGGCUCCGGCAUCUCAACGAGCCAGUUCGGCACAAUCAACAUCAACGCCGCUCCCGCCCCAUCUCCCUCGCCCGGCACAAGCAAUCCCUCCGCCCCCGCCGCUGGGGCUGCGAAUGGCGCGGCCGGUGCCCCGGGCUCGGCUGCCCCCAACGCCGCCGUUGCCUCCUCGAGGCCCUCGGCCUCAGGCGCAAGGGGCGCCGGCGCUUCCUCAAGUCCGACUGACACGGCAGACACAACAGACGCCAACGAAUCCCCGAGCCCGAGUAGCUCCGUUAUCCCCUCAGGCACGGCUGUCCCCUCCACCAGCGGCAUGCCUCGUAUAUCCAAUACUCCUGCCUCCACCGGCAACAACACAAUAAGCAUCAAUUCGGGGUCCAACGGACGGGACGACGAUUCCAUGAGCCAGUUGUCGAACGUAGCCAUCGUCGGCAUUGCCGCUGCAUGCGUCCUCGUGCUCGCCCUCUUCUUCACCGCCAUCAUCUGCUGCUGUGUCCGCAGACGGAGGCGUCGCCGCCGCCUCCGCCGGGAAAAGAGUCAAACCCUCGGCGAUGCGCCCAUGGUCAGCUACGCCGCCGUCGCGACAGCCUCGCAAGAAGGCGAGAGGAGCUUGAGCGCCUUCACACCGUCGCCCACCACGUCCGGGCAGGCGCCGACUCUCCAAAGUAUCAUGACGAGCCCGAGUCUCGACUUCCACUCAGCGCCGCCACCUGUGUAUCCGGGCCUCGUGGCGCCGCCAGACGACGCCCGGCAGCUGCAGCAGCAACACGCCUAUCCAGCACAAGAACAUUCCGCUUCUGGUUACCCGCUCAUGACGCACGCCGGCCAAAUCGCUCCUGGUCAGCAACAGGGUCAUCACGAAGUGCAUGGCCAGGACGCACGGGUCGAGGCGUCUGGAGACACGCAUUUGCCGUACGAGUUGCAUUCGCACCCGUGCGGGACCGUCGUGUACGAGCUGCCUUGCGAGCAAAAGCGCUGA